AUGCGUUUGUUCAGUACAGCAGCCCUCGUGGCCGCCUUGUUCGCAAUGAACGUGAUAGCAGGGAUGGAACAGUUGGCGACCGUCUUACCCUCUUGCGCGCUGGAUUGUAUGGUGACUUCGGUAUCACAAUCGUCCUGCCAGGCAGCUGAUCAAAAAUGUCUAUGCAAUGAUGCACAUUACACAGCCAUUCUUCAGGAGUGCGUUCUCGCUAGCUGCACCGUUCAACAGUCCCUAACUACAAAAAAUGUCACGACAUCGGCGUGCGGGGACCCUAUCCGGGAUCGCACAAAUAUUGUUUCUCAUACAGGGGUUGCCGGUGGAGUUAUAGCUCUUGUGGCUUUUAUUCUUCGUAUGACUGCUCGGUUGAGAUGUUGUGGUGGUGUAUUUGGCGCGGAUGAUUGGACAAUGAUGUUGACGAUGGCCUUUCUCAUUCCACUUUCAGCACUUUCAGUCGUUCUGGCCAACGCAGGGUUGGGAAAGGACAUGUGGACCCUUCCAUCCAACAAUAUUACCCAUAUCCUCUAUGUUUACUUUUGGGAUGAAUUGAUCUAUCUGAGCAUCCUCCCGCUGACCAAAAUAUCAAUUUGUUGUUUCUACCUUCGUAUCUUCCCUGAUCGGAAGUUUCGGAAUGCAACUUACAUCACAAUUUCAUUGAACCUCUGCUACUGGAUUGCCUUUAUCUUGAUUUCGGUGUUCCAGUGUCGGCCUAUACCCGGAGCGUGGCACCGCUGGUAUGAAGAGGAAAACUACAAGUGCAACCAUAUCAAUGCACAGGGCUGGGCAGCAGCAGCUCUCAACAUGGUGCUGGAUAUUAUUGUCAUGAUACUUCCACUGCGCCAGCUUUACGGUCUAAACCUUUCCGUAAAACGGAAAUCAUACGUAAUGUGCAUGUUCAGCCUAGGCAUCUUUGUCACCCUUGUGAGCAUCCUGCGACUCAAUUCACUUAUUCAUUUUGCCUCUACCACUAAUCUAACGUGGGAUUACGUGACUGUUGGGUAUUGGAGUACUAUCGAAUGCGAUGUUGGCGUUGUCUGUGCAUGUCUCCCUGCCAUUCGAUCGUUACUACGCCGUGUAUCUCCCGGGCUCUUUGGGGAUACCGAGCACGCCAAAUCAUCAUAUGGUCUGAACUCCCAUUCUCGUGGGACUGGAUCUCAGUUCGCAGUGGUCCCGGUCCAGAGCAAGAGUGAUGAUCGCCAAUUCUACCCACUUGGUGAUAUGGACAAUUCUGAUGAAGCCCGCCUACACCACAAACAUCCGGUGUAG